UGUACUACAACUCCUCUUCACAAUUCAUGCCAUUCAUUCUCUCUCAUUCACACCAUCAUUAGAUCUCGCUUUCGUUACCCACAGAAUGGCAGGAGGACGUUCUUACACAGCUUCGAUUUUGGUUCUGUCGUUGGUUCUCUUGAUCGCAUUCGCCGAUGUAGCUCAGGGAUACAACAAGCUUCGUCCACAAGAUUGCAAAGGAAAAUGUACAUACCGUUGCUCUGCAACAUCGCACAAGAAGCCGUGCAUGUUCUUCUGUCAAAAGUGUUGCGCCAAAUGCUUGUGCGUGCCAGCGGGUGUUUAUGGCAACAAACAGACGUGUGCUUGCUAUAACAAUUGGAAGACUCAAGAAGGCAAACCCAAGUGUCCUUGAUUUUUAUAUCUCAAAGUUUAGAGGGGCUCUAUUGACAACUCUUUAAAAUGAAAGGGUCGAACUGUUCCUUUUUUUAUCAAAUAAAUUGAAGUGUAUUGUUGUUAUGUAGUAAGGAUAACCAGGGGCAUUUUAGUCAAAGUGUUAUCCACCCAAUUUGGUAUUUCCAUUUUUCUAGAAUAAGUUUUUUGUCUUAA